AUAGUUAGUAGUUUUGGCCUUGAAGCCUCCUGCUCUCUGGUUUCAGUUUCCCGUAGUCUAUCCGGACACAUUCGCCGCAUAUUCAUCGCCAGCAGCGGCACCUCGUCCAAAUUCCAGCCCUAGAUGGAUGCAUACUUUUGGCCGUAGAUGUGCAGAUUGUUGGGCUGUCCGGUGAAGCAAACCCGCCAUGCGUGAAUACAAGCUCGUGGUGUUAGGCUCUGGAGGUGUGGGCAAGUCUGCUCUGACGGUUCAGUUUGUGCAGGGAAUCUUUGUGGAAAAAUAUGACCCUACAAUAGAAGACUCGUACAGAAAGCAAGUGGAGGUAGAUGGGCAGCAAUGUAUGCUUGAAAUUCUCGACACAGCAGGCACAGAGCAGUUCACUGCAAUGAGGGACUUGUACAUGAAGAACGGCCAAGGCUUCGCCCUGGUAUACUCCAUCACUGCACAGUCCACUUUCAACGACCUCCAGGACCUGAGAGAACAGAUUCUACGAGUAAAGGACACAGAGGAUGUGCCGAUGAUCCUGGUGGGGAACAAGUGCGACUUGGAGGACGAGCGUGUGGUGGGGAAGGAGCAGGGCCAGAACUUGGCCAGACAGUGGAACCACUGUGCCUUUUUAGAGUCCUCUGCAAAGUCAAAGAUCAACGUCCUCGAUAUCUUCUACGACCUGGUCAGACAGAUAAAUAGAAAAACGCCAGUGGAAAAGAAGAAGGCGAAAAAGAAAUCCAACUGUGUCGUGCUCUAAAGACCCCCUCCAGCCCCUGCAGCAGCUCUGAGCCAGAAAUGCUGUAAUGAAGAACUGUUGCCCUGAUUGGAAGUGCCAGCAUUCCAACAGCCCCGCCCACCCACUCCCCCUUCCUCCCUCCCUCCCUUCCUCCCUCCAUCAGCCAUAAACGGUGAAUCAGCUGACUGAACUGCUCCUAUCAAAGACGAGGAUGAUCGACACCAGAGAGAGAGAUGGAGAGAGUAAAGAGAAAGAAAGAAAGAAAGAAAAGACAGUAAGAGCGAGGGAAGACUGGUCUCUCGCCUCUGAGGACCUUCCUCUGUGUCUCAGUUUCAAUGUGAACCCUGAACGGACAGUCUCCAUUUUUCUGCACCAACAAACAUCACAAACUUAAGACGAAGAUAAUAAAAGCCUCUGAAGAUUAAUAAAAAAAAAAGUGUCCAUGAGCCAGCUACACGGCCAGAGACAGCCCCCCCUUUCCUCUACUUACAUUUUUUUUGACAGAUUAACAAAGAAUAUAACAGCGUUAAAAAGAAGGAAAACAAAGUUAGAACUUGGAUUCAGUAUUUUUCUUUUCAUUAUCAAUAUUGUAUUUGAAAGACUUGGAAGUUGACCUAUUUUUAGUUGUAUGAUUAUAAAUAUUCUUCAAAAACAAGCAUGAAAAAAUGCGUCAGUUAUUAAGUGUAGGUGUUUUCAAGUGGAAAAGUUAGAAUUCUUUUAUAGCCAUACACCUAUUCUCCAUGCCUGUCAUGUCAGUGAUGAUAGAUAAAGGUCGAUGAUAUGUGUUAUUAUUUUUAUUACGUAUUUGUUUCUUUGUUCGCCCUAUUGUCCAUGGACUUCUCUUCUGCGAAUAUCUCUCUCUGAUGUGACUUAAUUUUAUACUCAGUCACUGGGGUUUCAUAGCUCCCAUAAUAUAUUCUAAUGCCAUUUUUUUGCAUAUUAAUGCUUCAGAAAAAUGGGUCUUUUAUAGAAGAAAUAUGGGGAAAAUUAAGGAUUGAUUUCUAUGUCUCUCGAAGCUGAAAUAUAUUAUACUAAACCAACUCUAAUAAUGCUUCUUGUGUUUUUCUGUCAAUGAUGUUCCAGCUUUUAUGGAUUAUUAAAGUACAUUUUAGUACAAUGUAUUUUUGUGAAUUAAACUUUUAUCCAAAGCAGAUCUGACUUAUUUGAGAAGCGUGAUAUUAAGAGGAAUUUUUUUUAAUUUUUUUUACGUGUUGCAAACGAUAUUGGAGCAAAACAGGAAGUGUGUGUGGGACAAGUUGUCCUAAGUAUUGUUUCUAUACGAGGGAACCAGUUUUUCAUUGAUCACAAGAUUGAGCGUGGGCGCUUGUGUAACUAUUCUACUUAAGUGUACAGAAUUCCUUACUUUUAAUGACCACUGGGUGUCAUUGUAUGAACAUCGAUGUUACACACAUUCAAGGGGGACUGAUUCAAAGACGGUCAGCGAUGUGGAAUAAUGGGACAAUAAAUCACAAUGAACGUA